AUGUUUUUGUUUCCACAGCAAUACUAUAAAAUAAGGACCCAGGCCAUCCAACAGCUGAAAGGUACCAAGGAUGACCCUUAUCCGCACAAGUUUCAUGUGGAUUUGUCCCUCACGGAAUUCAUUCAGAAAUACAACGGCUUGCAGGUCGGGGAACACUUGGAGGAAGUGGUGAGCGUGGCAGGCAGGAUCCACGCCAAGCGUAUCUCUGGGGCCAAGCUGCUCUUCUAUGAUCUACGAGGUGAAGGUGUGAAGCUGCAGGUCAUGGCAAAUUCUAAAGUUUACAAGUCUGAAGAAGCUUUUGCAGCAAUCAAUAACAAGCUCCGGAGGGGAGACAUUAUCGGAGUUCGGGGGAAUCCUGGGAAAACCAAGAAGGGAGAACUAAGUAUUAUCCCCAAGGAGAUGACGCUGCUGUCCCCCUGUCUGCACAUGCUGCCACACCUGCACUUCGGUCUUAAAGACAAGGAGACCAGAUUCCGGCAGCGUUACCUGGAUCUCAUUCUCAAUGAUUAUGUGCGGCAAAAGUUCAUCACCAGAGCGAAAAUCAUCACCUACCUUCGCAAGUUUCUGGAUGACUUGGGAUUCCUUGAGAUUGAGACUCCGAUGAUGAACGUUAUUCCAGGAGGUGCCGUUGCCAAACCUUUUAUCACGCAUCACAAUGAGCUGGGCAUGGACCUGUAUAUGAGGAUCGCUCCUGAGCUCUAUCACAAGAUGCUGGUGGUCGGAGGCAUUGACCGUGUAUACGAAGUGGGCAGGCAGUUCAGGAAUGAAGGAAUCGACAUGACCCACAACCCAGAAUUUACAACCUGUGAGUUUUAUAUGGCCUAUGCAGAUUACCACGACCUCAUGGAAAUCACCGAAAAACUGCUGUCAGGGAUGGUUAAGCACAUACAUGGCGGUUACAAAAUCACAUAUCACCCGGAGGGACCUGAAGGACCGAGCCAGGAAAUAGAUUUCACCCCUCCAUUCAGAAGAAUCAGCAUGGUGCAUGAGCUGGAGAAAGUCCUGGGAAAGAAACUCCCUGCAACAGACCAGUUUGAUACUGAAGAGACACGCAAGCUGCUGGAUAACAUCUGCGCAGAGAAGGAUGUUGAAUGCUCACCUCCGAGGACGACUGCAAGACUGCUGGACAAGUUGGUCGGUGAAUUCCUGGAGGUAACCUGUAUCAAUCCAACUUUUAUUAUUGACCAUCCUCAGAUCAUGAGCCCGCUGGCCAAGUGGCAUCGGUCAGAGAAGGGACUGACGGAAAGAUUUGAGCUCUUUGUCAUGAAGAAAGAGAUUUGCAACGCCUACACUGAGAUGAACGACCCGAUCCGACAGAGAGAGCUGUUCGAAGAUCAAGCAAAAGCCAAGGCAGAGGGUGACGACGAGGCCAUGUUCAUCGAUGAAAACUUCUGCACUGCCCUGGAGUAUGCGCUGCCCCCUACAGCUGGAUGGGGAAUGGGCAUUGACCGCCUUACCAUGUUUUUAACCGACUCAAACAACAUCAAGGAGGUGCUGCUGUUUCCCGCCAUGAAACCUGAAGACAAUAAGAAGGAGUCUGCACCCAGCCAGGGCUCUGGAACGUCCGUGUGA